AUCCUUGAAUUAAUCAAAACAAUGAUAUAGACACAGCAAUUACUGAUCACAUAAAUAAUAUUUGGACAGGGGACGUACAAUUACAUACACAACAAUUAAAACAUGUUUAGCGAUGUUUCGAAAAGACCAGCGAAGAGCUUGGACACUCCAGAGAUUGACGUUCGAGAAGAUGAAGAGCAAGCGAUCAAGUUUCAAGAGAUUAUCGAUCUCUUGGUCGCUGCUGGUUAUUUUAGAGCACGGAUAAAAGGUUUAUCAAAUUUUGACAAGGUGGUCGGUGGUAUGACUUGGUGCAUUGAAUCGUGUAGCUUUGAUGUGCAUGUCGAUCUACUUUUUCAAGAGAACCUUACCAUAGGACAAAAAAUAGCUCUAACGGAAAAAAUUGUUUCUAUGCUACCGAAGAUGAACUGUCCUCAUAGAAUAGAACCUCAUCAAAUUCAAGGCUUGGACUGCAUUCAUAUCUUCCCUGUUAUACAAUGGCUGGUGAAACGUUCUUUAGAAACAAGAGAAGAGACAGCAGAUUUUGUUAGAUCGUUUGCAAUUAGGCAGUAUGACAAAAGCCACACUUUACCAAUGAUAGAAGAAGGAACAGAAAAAAUGAAAGAUGUGACUACAAAUGUCAAAAUUGUUAAGGAAGUUUAUCAACCUAGGCGACGUUAUAAACGCAAAGAUGCACCACCCAAUGAAGAAAUUGCCAGAAUUCAAAGCACAUUGCUGGAAUAUGGAAUACCUUCUGUGUCUCUUCAACAAUUGGAUUCACCAACCACUGCUACAAGUACAAACACUGCUGUCGGUAAUAUUGCACAACCAUCUGCAUCUAUAGAAGAAUGUACAAAAGUGGAGGUGAAUGUUGAGAAAUUAGCGAAUGAUCUCUUAAAGAAUAUGACUAUCAUUGAUGACAAUGCAGGACGUCCAAGUGCCAGUGUCGUUGGAAGUAUUGUUAGCAUGCAGGCUAAAGAGAUUGCUAAGGCUGCAGAAAAGUAUGCUUCAUGGAACACAGAUGUAGAGGUAAGCGGUGGCUCUGUUAUGUCUGGAGCUCUGGCAGCACUGGAUAAACAGAGGACAGCUUUGCAAAAUAAAAGAAAUAAAUUGAAAAAGGAAAGAGAUUCCUUGAUGGAAAAAGUCUCAUUGCUGACUGACAAAUUAAGUAAAGUUCGGGAAGAUAGUCAGACAGUAGAUGAAGCCUUCCAGAAAAUGAAAGAGCUAGAGACUGAUGAAAAUAAAAUCAUACUAAAAGAACUGGAGGAACUCCUUUCUGUUCACGAUGGUUUGAAGAGUCAAGAGCAAGCAUUCCGAGAACACUGUAAAGCAGAAUUGACACGCCUUCGGAACAUGGUGGCCUCUGUAGUUGGAGAACCAGAAGAGGAGGAGAGUCAAGCUUCGGAAUUCGAAGAGCGGAAAGAGGCUGUUGCUCAACUGAGAUUACAAUUAGCCAAAAGAAACAGAGCCAUUGCUUCUUUAACAAGGCAAUUAGAUGACGUCCCUGGGCGAUCCGAGCUGACACAAUAUCAGAGACGCUUUAUGGAAUUAUAUAAUCAAGUAGCGGCAAAGCAUAAAGAAACGAAGCAGUACUAUACUCUUUAUAAUACAUUAGACGAUACGAAACUCUAUUUGAAUAAAGAGUUAUCGCUUUUAAAUUCAAUCCAGGAAAAUUAUACAGAAGCAAUGGCAUCAGCAAGUGGUAAGGACCAAUUUCUUCAACAAUUGGAGGCGAUCGUCGCCGGUGUUAAGCGAAACAAAGCUAAAGUGGAGAAAAGGUGUAUCGACGAGAAGAUGAGGCGAGAUUCCUUAAGUCAGCAACUGGCUUCGUUAGUGGAGCAGCAACGCAAGUACGUUGCUGCUGUCAGACAGUUAACUAUUGAGUGUCGCAAGAACGAAGCUUUGCUUGCCAAGCUUCGCGGGCCGUAAGUUAAUGUUAAGUACUUCAUCUCUACUCGGGGAAAUUGAGAUUAAAUGUUUAA